AUGAACACCGACACCAAAGACACAGGAGUCCAACAACUCAAACAGGCCGAGCCUUCAACAGAACCGGAGACAGAACAACCCGAGACCGGCCAGAAAGAUGACCCCGUCAUCGACGAAGCAUGGCUGGCAAGAGAAAAGCGACUCCGUCGCAAGCUUGAUUGCACCUUGAUGCCCAUCAUAUGGAUCCUGUACCUCUUUAACUAUCUCGACAGAAACAACAUAGCGCAAGCCAAACUUGACACCUUUGAGGCCGACUUAGGCCUCAAAGGCAAUAAUUUCAACACGGCAGUUUCGAUUCUCAACGUUGGGUACAUGCUCAUGCAAGUGCCGAGCAAUAUGCUGUUAACACGCGUGCGGCCGUCCCUUUUUAUACCCUUCUGGGUGUGUGCCUGGUCCUGCAUCUCGGCUGCGACGGCCGGAGUAAACAACUACCCUGGGCUUAUUGCCGUCCGAUUUUUCUUGGGCGUCAGUGAGGCGCCGUUCGGCCCGGGCGCCUUUUUCCUGCUGUCGUGCUGGUACACGAAGAAAGAACUAGCUCUUCGGACCGCAGUACUGUACUCUGGCCUGGUUCUUGCAACUUCUUUUGGGGGCUUACUCUCGGCCGCCAUUUUCGCCGGUCUCUCCGGCGUGCAUGGGGUGGCAGGAUGGCGUUGGCUCUUCAUCAUUGAAGGCGCUGCAAGCUUUGGCUUUGGGUUGAUUGCGUUCUUUCUCAUACCCGACUACCCUGAGUCCAACUCUGGCUUGGCCAAAUGGCUACUUACAAAAGAAGAAAGAGAGGUUGCUGUUGAAAGAAUUGCACGCGAUCAAGUAUCAAAUCAAGAGUCCAACGACUCGAUAUGGUAUGGACUGAAGGCUGCAGUUAUGGACUACCGAGUCUGGGUAUUUGCCUUCAUUCUUUGCUGCAAUCAUACGGCUUACGGCUUCAACAAUUUCUACCCAACCAUUGUUCAGGGUUUCAAGCUUGGAAGCCGGACAGUCACCCUACUCUGUACAGCUCCGCCUUACUUGGUGGGUGCUGUCAUUUCUCUGCUCAUAGCCUACUCGAGCGACAUCAGGAGUGAACGUGGCUGGCACAUCGGUGUUCCGAUGGCAAUGGCUGCCAGCGGGUUCAUCAUUUCCGUGGCAACACUGAACGUUCCGGCUCGGUACUUUGCCUCUUUCCUGUACAUCUCCGGAUGCUUCUCGGGAAACGCAAUCCUCUUCGGCUGGGCGGCAUCUUCUGUCAGCCAAACGCCGAAGAAAAGAGCUUGCGCCACAGCUAUCAUCAACGUGAUGGGUCAGUUCGGAAACAUCUGGAGCCCGUAUUUCUUCUCACCGGGAGACUCUCCGCGCUAUGUGAAAGCCAUGAUUCUCAUGGUCACGUUUUCCAUGCUGAGCAUUCUGGGCUGCAUGUUCAUGAAGUGGACUUUGAACAGAGACAACAAGAAGCUUCUGGAGAGGUUUGCUGGUACGGGUAGAGCCCCGAAUCUAUAUACUCUUUAA